AUGGAUCCCAUCACAGCAUUGGGUGUCGCGGCGGCCGUCGUCGCGUUUGUGGAUUUCGCCAUAACUCUCACAAGAGUCGCGUCACAGAUCCAUGGCUCCUCCACAGGGGAAACAGCAGACAACGUGGCCAAUGCAGAGGAGGCGGAAAAUUUCCAAACAGCAGUGUCGGACCUGAAGAAGCUGCACGGUGCAACUUUCUUAGAUUCAAAAUGGACUGCAAUGGUGAGCAAAUGCAAUGCGGCUUCUGGUGAGCUUCUUGCCUUGCUCGACGAUUUAAAAGCAAAGAACCCCAACUCCAAGAGAGAGGCAGGGAGGGCGGCAUUCAAGGCGCUUUGGAACAAAAAUAGAGUGAAAACUCUGAAGCGAACGGUUGAAGGGUAUCGAGGUCAACUGCAUUUCCUUAUUAGCAAAGACACUCUGCUUCAAUCCGACGAAAGUUUCCAAAGGCUCAUUUCCUACGCUUGUUCCAAUCGAGAUAAGCUCGAGGACAUGCACAAGUCUAUCAAAGCGCUCACCCAAGGAAGAGAGUCGCAGACCCUUUACCCCGAGACAGUGACGAAACUGCAAGAACUAUUAAAGAGAGUGACCGACGCGAACGACCAGGCUCACCGAUCCAGGAGGAUCCUCGAAGCCCUAAGCUUUUCUGAGAUCAACCAACGAUACGGGGAGAUCGGCGCAGAGCAUAACGCAUCCCUCGACUGGCUGAUAAACGACACCGGUCCUCUGGCGGACUGCGAUGAAGGCUACAACGAGAUGAUCGCGAAUGAGCGCACGAGGUUCAUUGAGUGGCUCAGAGAGCCCGGACAGAGGCUGUUCCAAAUCUGCGGAAAGCUAGGGUGCGGAAAGUCCGUCGUGAUGAGGUGGGUCUCUGGUCAUAGCCAGACCAGGGCGUACCUUACAGAGUGGGCGCAAGCGGACGACAGCCAGAUAUCCUUGGUUAUGGGAAGGGUUUUUCUGAAGAAGGACGGAACAAAUAGUCUGCAGCGCAGUCGGAGCGGCCUCGUACGGACUCUCUUGCAUUCGAUUUUGACGGACUCCCCCAACCUCAUCCCCUUGCUCUUCCCAGCAGAGUGGGCAGCAAGUACCUUCUACCAUGAAAUGUUGUCCUAUGAUGCAAACAGUCUCGAAAAAGCCUUUGAGACCCUGAAGAGUUCUCCUCAGGUUUACAAGGGCCAUAAGAUUGUCAUCUUCAUCGAUGGCAUAGAUGAAAUCAACUCCCUGGCCGACUUCAGCGUCACUGAUCCGGUGCGUGAGCUGCGUGACUGGGUCAAUGGCAACUCGAAUGUCAAGAUAUGCCUGGCAUGUAGAGAGAUUCCCGUGAUUCAGAGGAAGCUAGCAAAGUUUCCACUCCUUCAACUCCAUACGGUGAGCCGUGGAGGUAUCGCCAAGUUCGUCAGGGAUACGCUCGCUGUGGAAAUGGAGGACUUGAGUGACGAAGACGAGGACGUGAACGAACUCAAGACGGAAACACUCGCGCAACUGAUAAUCGAAAAGUCUGACGGCAUCUUUCUUUGGGUUUCCUUUAUCCUUCGUGAUGUGGUAGACGGAUUGAACAACGCGAACGCGCUGGAAACCCUCUGGAAGAAGGCAACCGCGCUUCCAAAAACUCUUAGUGAGAUGUUCAGAGCGAUUCUAAAAUCAAUCAAGGAUGAAGACAAAGUCCAGGCCGACCGAUUCCUGUCACUUGUGCUCGCUUCCCAUGGGCCGUGCCCGCUCCUACGCCUUUCCCUUCUUGAGGAAUACCAGAAGAAUCAUGAUUUUGCGGACGGCCAUCUGCCCCAAAUGUCUCCAGACCAGCUUGGGAAUCGCCUCCGAAAUGUCCGGCACCAAGUCAAAGGAAUCUGUGCAGGAUUGCUGGAGAUUGUUGACGAUCCACAGCAGCCCGAGCUGACUUUCAGGGCACCUGUCAGAUUCGCCCACGGCUCAAUUGCCGAGUUCCUGGAUGACAGUCCGGAGGAUUUUGGCAUGAUGGCCAAAGGGCUAGACGAGCCAUUCGAUUCCUUUCGAGCCUUGUGUGAGACCUUCAGAGCUCACAAUAAAUCUGCUGGCAAUGCUUUGGCCAAAUACGCUGCCGCGACGAUUUGGGAGUUUGAUGACGGCAUUCCGAGUUUCGAGUUUGACGUUUAUCGUUUGCUGCAGCUCAGCAAAAUAGAAGAUCCGCAGUUUGACUUCAGUGACUUCCUCAAAAAAGCGGUCGAUGAGAUCUGUGCAAUGCACCCGGCCGGAGACACGGCGAGGCGAAAGCUGAGUGCGCGUUGA